CGCAAUUCGUUUAGGGGCUGAACGCGGGAAAACUCGCUCGUUUAAGACUCAUCCGCUUUCUCUUCAGCAUCGUUUCCCCUAUAAACAACCCCCAAACGGUUUGCGAACCCAAACAAAUCAACAAGCUCCUCAGCAGCCCAAAGGGAAACGUCGAUUCAACUGGACGGAUCCUCAUUGAACGUUGUAAUUGUGUUGUUGUUUGGAGAGAGCCAGCGGAGAGUCCAACCACGUGACCGAAAACAUCGCACCAUCUUCUGUUUUGGUUUCUUUUUUUCUGUACUGGGAGGCCUGUUGUUGUAGUUUCGCAGCUACGUUUGGUGACACGCUUGGAGACGGUUCAAGAGCGCCAUCUGGUGAGGUUUUGAUCCACAAGUGCGGUUCCGAGGAACAAGUUGGUGAAGAUAGCUGUCUGCUGUUCUUUUCCGGUGUUUGAAAGUUGUGUGUUUUCUUUCAGGUUGGGAGAGUGAGUGUGGGCACUAUUGUUUUGUACUAUGAAAGACACAGUGAUGAUGGAGAUGGAUGCCAAUGGCGAUGGCCUGGAGAGGCGCCGAAGCAGCGGCUCGAGGCCGGACCUGAUUGAAAAAGACGGCAAGAAGGUGAGCAGAACAUCCACUGGGAAGAGGAAAUUCCACAACAAGUCCAAGCUGGGAUGCGAUACGUGUAAGAGAAGACGUGUGAAGUGCGACGAAGGGAAGCCGAUCUGUGUGAAGUGCAAGAAUAUGGGCAUUGAAUGUACGUAUCUUUUGGCAGAGAAGAUUCAACAUCAACCGCCAAAGAGCUCGCAGUCGCCGCCUUCCCGCAAAUCAUCGAUACCCAGAAAGCAGUCAGCGUCAUCCAUCACCGCAGCGGCUACAGAUUCUACGCCAAAGCCUCCGGACAUUGUGACGGAGAGCCCCGGUGCUCCAAUCACCAAGAGCUUCAUGGAGCAAGGCACUGCUAAGUUAGAGCGGCUGAUGGAACAGAACGGGCUACCUACUUUCAGCGUGAAAUCGCCCUCUGCGGUGCCACCACCGCCUGGAAUAUCAUCAAUGUUGGGCCAGCUGGGCCAAAUAGGCCAAAUAGGCCAGCUGGGAAAUCUUGAACAACUUGGCCAUCUCGGGCAGCUAGGCCAGUUGGGUCAAUUGAGCCAAUUAGGCCAACUCGGAGGUCAACUAGGACAACUUAUCAAUGGUGGUCAGCUGAGCCAGCUUUUAAGCGCAACAAAUGCACUCUCAUCAACUUCAGCUAACGAGCCAGCUAAUGACAAUACUCUGUCGGUAAAUCUGGAUUCAAUCACCAACAACCCUACAAUUUCACCGCAACCAACGAUGUCACCGACUUCAGCUCCUUCACCUCUAUCAAUGCAUCAACCAAUGACCAGUGGCCAGGACUUCACCACUAGUCUGCCAUCUUCCUCUGGUAUACCAUAUGCAUCGUCCACUGGGCUGAACAUUGUUGACUUGAGGUUGAUGUACCACUACACACGAGUUGUUGCACCAACGAUCACCACGGCAGGGAUAUCUGAAGAAAGGAUAUGGAUUGAAGAUAUUCCAAAUCUUGCAUUUGAAUUCCCCUUUUUGAUGCAUUCGAUAUUGGCAUUCUCUGCUACUCAUCUUUCAAGGACUGAGAAGCAUUUUGAAAAACAUGUCACACAUCACAGGGGCGAAGCACUUCGGUUGCUUCGUGAAGCAGUGUUAGAAAUCUCUGGUAACAACACAGAUGCACUAGUUGCAUCAGCUCUCAUUUUGAUUAUGGACUCGUUGGCUAAUGCAUCGUUACCAUCUUCAUUAUCACCGACGUCUCUUCCGGCCUCGGCCUGGAUCUUCCACGUCAAGGGCGCUGCUACUAUUCUCACCGCUGUCUGGCCCUUGCCGGUAACGUCUCGUUUCUAUAAAUUCAUCAGCGUGGACUUGAGCGAUUUGGGUGACAUCAUAAACGAUAAGAAUGGGUCGAUAUCUGAUCUGGUAUGCUUUGACGACUCCAUUGCUGAUUUGUACCCCGUGGAGUACGACUCGCCUUAUCUGAUUACGUUGGCUUAUUUGGAUAAGUUAAACCACGAGAAAUACAAAUCAGACUUCAUUCUACGGAUCUUUGCAUUUCCAGCACUACUGGAUAAAACCUUUCUGGUUCUUUUAAUGUCUGGAGAUCUAUCAGCAAUGAGAAUCAUGAGAAGUUAUUAUUCUCUUCUCAGAGGAUUCACCACAGAGAUGAAGGAUAAAGUAUGGUUCUUGGAAGGUGUUUCGAAGGUGUUACCAGCAGAUGUUGAUGACUAUAGCGGAGGUGGUGGUAUGCAUAUGAUGCUGGACUUCCUCGGUGGUGGAUUGCCUUCAAUGACCACAACAAACCUUGCGUCUGGUCUCAACAUUGACAUAAAUGACCAUUUUAUGAACCCUUGAUCUUAGAAGGGCCCCGCUAUUUAUAUAUAUAUUUCACUACACACUUGGCUGUGUUUCGUGUUACGCUCCCAUCCUAAUUGCUUUCUAUGAUACUACUUUGGGAUCGUUAUUGCACAUUGUAUGCAUGACUUCAUCAAUAUUAAAACAGUUAAAACACUAAUACCAAUGCAUAUU